AUGGGUCAUCUGUCACGUCUUUUCUUGAUCAUUUUUUGUUCCUUACCCUUCAAAUCCCUCACAGAAGCUAAAAUUGGAGGAUUCACGGUUGAGAUUAUUCCUCGUCACUCAAAGCUCUCCCCAUUCUAUAAUCAUUCUGCUACGCUUAGAGAUCGAUCAAGGAAUGACGCCUUUCGAUCCAUAGCGCGGGCGAAACGCUUCAAUCCAUCUUCCUUAUACACUAACUACAUUGGAUCUGUCGUAUAUCCAGGUGAGGGAGAAUAUCUCAUGAGGCUCUCAAUUGGGAAUCCUCCAAUUGAAGUUCAAGCAGUUGUCGAUACCGGGAGUGAUCUUGUUUGGGUUCAAUGUGCACCCUGUCAGCAAUGCAACAAUCAAAAUGCUCCUCUCUUCAAUCCCAUGGCAUCUUCUACCUACGCUGGGCUUCCCUGUAAUUCUCAACCUUGUCAAAAUUUAAUAGAAAGUCAAUGUAGCGCAUCAAAUUACGAGUGCCUAUACUAUUCUACUUACGCAGAUAAGUCAUAUUCGAGUGGAACCUUGGCUAUAGACACCUUGACCUUCGAUCCCAUCGAUGGCCAAGGUGCUACUUUGUCCAACGCCGUGUUUGGCUGUGGGCACGACAACGGAGGCAACCUUGGUUCCGGACUUGUAGGCCUAGGGGCGGGACCGCUAUCCUUGGUUUCUCAACUGGGUCCUCAUAUUGAUUAUAGAUUCUCGUACUGCUUUCCUGCCACGAACUCUGCCAGUAAACUCAAGUUUGGAGGAGAAUCAAUUCUGUCAACGCCUGGAGUGGUUUCAACCCCCUUAACAUUUUCUAGCUUACAAAGUUACUACUAUCUCACUCUCAAAGGAGCAAGUGUAGGGAACAAGAAGAUAGUAAAUAGUGAGGUGUCCUCCAAUGAAGGUAACAUUAUCAUCGACUCCGGGACAACCCUAACUAUGUUGAAAUCAAGCUUUUAUAAUAAUCUGCAAGCUGCGUUGAGGGAGACAAUUAAUUUGGAGACAAUCCCAGACCCAGACGAAAAUUAUGGCUUGUGUUAUGAUCAACGUUCAUUUAGCAAUAUCCCCGAGAUGACAGUGGUGUUUCACUUCAAUGGAGCAGACAUUCCACUCAAGAAAUUCAACCUGUUCAAAGCCAUAUCCACAAAUUUGACUUGUCUGGCAAUGUUACCUACAGAUGGUGAAUCCAUAUAUGGCAAUAGGGCUCAAAUGAACUUUCAGGUGGAGUAUGAUCGUGCCAACAAUCAGGUCUCCUUUGCCCCUGCAAAUUGUGCUCAGUUCUAA